AUUUAUAUAUAUCCCUAUCUCCCUCUGCACAUUUUAUGAACCAAACUCUCUCUCUCUCUCUCUCUCUCUCUCUCUCUCUCAUCUCACUGUCUUCUGUCAUGGAAAACCAAAACCGUCUGAAAAUGCGAAUCUCUCGCAUGUUCCGAUCAUCAUUCGCUUCCUGCAAAACCCGACACUUAACCGAUGUUAUGGAAAAACCACUAUUUGCACCCUCCAAUUCCAAUAUCAUCUCUUUUAACAUUCCCAGACCCAAAAUCUCUUCUUUUUCUUCUUCUUCUUCUUCAAACAACAACAACACUAUCAAAUCACCUCAACCCCUUCUCAAACCAACCAACCUCGCUUUCUACCAAAACUCUAAUGAUUCUACCAAAAACGUUAUCAUCAAAAACAACAAAAACAAGAACAAGAAAAAGAAGAAGAAGAAGAAGAAUCACACCCACAACAAAAACAGAGCUUUUCCUUUUAAUUCAUGUGCUAAAGACACAAACUUUGAUAGCUAUUAUUGGUUAUAUAGCAGCGACGACGAAGACGAUGAAACAGACACACUUUUCUCUUCAAAGAGUCACUCUUCCGAUUCCUCUAAGUCUCGUCGCCGGAAAUCAUCUCGCCGGAAAACUGACCGGAGUUCUGACAUGGGUGUUCUUCCGUUGAACGGUAAAGUGAAGGACACAUUUGCAGUGGUGAAACGCUCUAGUGAUCCGUACAAUGAUUUCAGAACUUCAAUGGUGGAGAUGAUCGUUGAGAAACAGAUUUUUUCGCCAACUGAUUUGGAGAAUCUUUUACAGUGCUUUCUCUCACUUAAUUCGUUUCAUCAUCACAAGAUCAUUGUUGAAGUUUUCACAGAGAUUUGGGAAGCACUUUUUUCUGACUGGCUUUGAUAUUAAACAAAAAAAAAAAAGAGAAAGAAAAUAAUUAUGUUAUUAUUUUUUCUCUCUCACUCUCUUUCUUUUAUUAAUUUGUGUUUUGCCAUUAGGUAAUUAAUUUAAUUAGUUUUUCUUUUUUUUCCUAACUCAGAACGAAUGUAUGAUAUUCCAUUUGCUACUACUCAUCAAUUUAGUGUAAUCAGUUUUAGUUCUUCAUCA